AUGGAAGAGGGGAAGAGGAAAGCUUUUCAAGAACUCCUUUGUAAGCUAGAACUACAGGAGGAUCCGAGCAGGAAGCUCAGACUGAAUGAUGUCCUUGAAAUUAGCCAAGAAAUUCUAAAGAAUGGAACUCCUGAGAUAUUAGGACAUUUAUCUUGGCAUUUCCUGAGGAAACUGAUGGCUCUGAAUACGAUGGCCAGAAACACAAGCCUUGUGCACAGGGCAUCUGAUGAUGAAGGAGUCAGUGAGGAGGAACAGAGUUUAGAUGAUAAUUUUAGUUUUAGUGACACUGACACCAGAGUUUCUCUAAACCCCCUCGAUGUUCUCUGUGCCGUGCUGCUUUGCUCAGACAGUUUGCUACAGCAGGAGAUUCUGUCCAAAAUGUCCAUGUGCCAGUUUUCCCUCCCUCUGCUGCUACCCGCCCUUGACACCCCCAAGUGCACCCUACUGCUGUGGGCCAUGAGGGACAUUGUGAGGAAGUGGAGGCCGCACUCCCUGGCAGAGAGCAGAGGGUUCAGAGAGCAGAGCCUGGUGCUCACGUCAAUGCCAACCAUUUCCUUUGUGCGGCUGGGGAGCUGCAGCUUCUCCAAGUCCAAACUCCUCAAUGAGGUUCUCAGCCCCUCCCAGCAAUACCACGAUUUCUUCAUUCAUCGGGACAUGGAGUCUGGGAAUGUCCCUCGGGAAAUCGCAGAUGGGCUGGUCGAGAUUUCCUGGUAUUUCCCUGGUGGGAGGGAGAAUUCAGAUCUUUUCCCAGAACCUCUUGCAGUUACAAAUCUGCGUGGAGACAUUGAGUUCCACUGGCUGCAGUUUAGCUUUUUAACAGAGGUCUCCUCAGCAGUGUUCAUUGUUACUGACAGCAUCAGUGAGAGAGAGUAUGCUCUGUUCUCAUCUCUGAAAGAAUCCAGAGCUAAAUACUAUUUCAUCCUCAACUGCAAGAAUGAGAAACACAAAGAAACUCUGAGAUUCCUUAAUAAGCUGGCCCCAGAGCUGAAGCUGAGCAAAUCACAACUACUGGUGAAAGAUAGUACCAUGAAUAAUGCAAGAUUUGUGAAAAAAGUGCAGUCCACCAUAGGAACCAUAGUGAACUCAUCUCCCAAGACAGUGAAUUUGGAAGCCAUGGCUGUGAUGGCACGUAAACGAGGAAUCCAGGUGGAUGAGGACUGUCAGGCAUGUCAGCGUGCGAGGAAAUAUGCUGCGGAAAUCACUGCAGAAAUAAGAGAUGGGGCAAAAUACAAAAGGGAAAUGCUGAGACUCCAAGGGGAUCCAUGGAAAAACUUGGCUAAAGUGGAAAAAGAGAUGUGCCGAAUGAAAAGGCAAGGGGAUACAGCCACUGAAGACUAUAAAUCUGAGCUGAAACAGAAAUGGUUAGAGAUACGCAGACAGCAGAAUCAGUGUGACCUUACUAGUGGUUUGGCUAAGUUUAUCAAUGGAAUAAAACAGUUGAAUCCAGUGGAGAAACAUUAUUUCCUGAAAUGGAUAAAACUUAGCCUGGAUAACACUGCUAAAGGGAAUCUUUCUAAAAUGCGGGAGGAGUAUAAAAAGAAAUGUGAAACUCCAGGAGUGGACCGAAAACAGCUGGAGGAACUAGAUAAAUUAAUAUCUGAUAGUUCCCUUGGGGUUGAGCAUUUCAUGCGGGAGUUGGGGCAGUUUUAUGAGGCUGAAUCCUCAAUGGUUAAAGAAGGCAAAAUGGAAAAAAGCCGAAGACAAUUCAUCCAUCUUCCAGACAUAGCAGCUGACUUGAUGCUGGAAGGGUUUCCUAUGGAGCUAAUUGAUGGAGAUGCCUCCAACAUCCCCAUGAACUGGGUAACAGAUGUUCUAACUCAUCUCAAUAUCAAACUAGGGGGUAGAUCGAGAAUGGUGGUUAUAACAGCGCUGGGAGUGCAGAGCACGGGGAAAUCCACUCUCCUCAACACCAUGUUUGGCCUGCAGUUCGCAGUGAGCAGUGGCCAAUGUACACGAGGAGCCUUCAUGACGCUCAUUAAAGUUACAGAAGCUGUUCAGGAGCUGCUUGGCUGUGAUUUCAUCCUGGUGAUAGACACAGAAGGUCUGAAGGCCCCUGAACUAACGGCACUGGAAGAUAGUUAUCAACACGACAAUGAGCUGGCCACACUGGUGAUUGGACUGAGUGACAUAACCAUUAUUAACAUGGCCAUGGAGAAUGCCACAGAAAUGAAGGAUGUUCUGCAAAUUGUGGUCCAUGCCUUUCUCAGAAUGGAGGAAAUAGGACAAAAGCCAAACUGCCAGUUUGUGCAUCAGAAUGUCAGUGAUGUGUCUGCUCAUGACCAGAAUAUGAGGGACAGGAAACACCUCCUGGAGCAGCUGAAUGAAAUGACCAAAGCUGCAGCAAGGAUGGAAAAUCAAAGCAGGGAAAUGGCAUUUUCUGAUAUUAUGGAGUAUAACCCAGAGAAACACAAUUGGUACAUCCCUGGGCUGUGGCAUGGAGUCCCUCCCAUGGCUCCAGUAAACACUGGAUACAGUGAGAGUGUGUGUGAGCUAAAGAAAUACCUGUUUGAAUUCAUAAAGGUUCGUUCUCUUAGCAGAUCUGCCAAGGACAUUCCUCAAUUUAUUGAAUGGGUGAGGAGCCUGUGGGAAGCUGUAAAACACGAAAACUUCAUCUUUAGCUUUAGAAACAGUCUAGUAGCUGAAGCCUAUAACCUGCUGUCUAUGAAGUAUUCUGAAUGGGAGUGGGAUUUCCGCAAGGAGAUGUAUCUCUGGAUAUCCGAAAAAGAAACUUUCAUCCAGAACCAGCCACCAGAGAAACUAGAGGGUGAUCUCUUACACAGCUUAGAAAUUGAAGCACAAAGGAAACUGCAGCAGGGAGAACAGAAGCUCUUGAGUAACUUACAACAGUAUUUUAAAAGUGAAGCUGCAAAUUUGAACUUGAUAGAAAAGUACAGAGAAGAUUUCAACAGGAGCGCAAAUAGCCUCAAAAGAGAACUCAAAAGUUAUUCAAUCAGUAAAUGUGAGGACGCAAUUCGACUCCGCAGAGUACAGCACAAGAUAGAUACUAUGCAGUCUGGGUACAAGCAGACAAUUGAAGGGAAAGUUGACAGACUCUUGGCUGAAUGCCGGAACAGAGAAGAUAAACUAGACAAGGAGAAACUGAGAAAAGAAUUUGAAACAAUGUGGCAAGAAACCUUGUCAGAGUUAAAGCUCAGUACUUUACAGAAACGUCAAGUUGUUCAAGAUGUGGAUCUCCAGCUGAGAAAGGAUCUGGAUCACCGAGGGAGUGCCAUCCGUCAGAUGCUAGAACAUGCAAAAAGCUUGUGGUGUUAUGAAAUGGAAACUUUCACAAUGAAAAAGAAAUAUGUAGACAUAAAAUGGACCAGAGUAGUUGUAGAAUACUUCUCACAGGAAUGUUACUGUAAAACUGAAGAUCUUGCUAUAUCUUUAAUAAAGAAAUGCAAAAAAUAUGUUGAAGAAAAAGUUAAAUCCAAAACAGACUAUGAUGAAACCUAUUGUGGAGAACUGCUGCAUAUGGUUAAUGAGAGGUUAAAAGAGGAGGAUAUUGAGAAACUUCACACUACUCCUUGUUUUGAAAUUGAUCUGAAGCUUCACAUUUUGGGGGAUGCAGCUUGUGCAUUUCAGAAGAUGCAUGAAGAUUUUAUCAAGGAAAACGAUCCUCAGCUACGUCUGGAGAAGCUGAAACCUCAGUAUUUCAAGACAUUUAACGCUCUUUACUUGGAAAAGGAUGAAAGCCAAACAAUGGCCAGGGAUUUCUGUGAUCAGUCUCUCAAACCUGCCCUGGUAGAAUAUGUGUACAAGGUACUUGGAGUGCAAAUAGUGGAUGACAUUCUCAGCAGUGAGCAAUCCAUUACAUACAGGAACCGGAGCUUUUUACAGUUUGAGCUACUGAAGAAGCUUUUGGAGGAGAAGAACUUUGAGAAGUAUGUGGAAUACAUUAAUACAUAUGAAGAUUUUGUCCAAACCUGGAUAAGGAGACAGCUUUUGGAGCACUACAACAAGAGAGCAGAUUUGGGAGUCAUAGAGAAAAAGAUUCUGUCCCCAGUGAUAGAUAAAGUCAGGGAGGCUCUUAAAUGUACCAGUAUUACAGAGAACCACACAGUCUCUGACUUUUUAGAUUCUGUUUGCAAAGGGCUGCAGAAGGACCUCGUAAUUUCCAGGGAUAAUUUAGUGGGGAUGCGGUUUAUAAAUACAGCAAGUGCUAAACAAUUUUCUGAUUUUAUACCAACUUUUCUUCCCACUCUGGAACAACAAAUCUUAGCUGAACUGAAAAGUAUAGAAAUUGAGUUAAAACUCUCUAAUCUGUCAGUGAAACCUGAGGCUGAAAUCUUCAAGCAAGUGUGUGGCUGUGGGAAGCACUGUCCAUUCUGUAAGGUCCCCUGUGAGGCAGGAGCCCCUAGUCACCAGGAGCACUUUGCAUCAGUGCAUCGCCCUCAAGGAUUAGGGCAAUACAUGCAUCUGCAUAAUAAAAAGCUUGUCUCGGAUAUAUGCUCCUCUGCUGUAGUUAGCAAUUGUACAUUCCAAAAUUCAGACACAAAAUGGAUUGCUCAUCCCUUCAAAGCAUAUCGUGACUAUUACCCAGACUGGAGCAUUCAGCCAGAUCCCAGCAUAGAAACUUCCAAUUACUGGAAGUUUGUUUUUCAGAAGUUCAGUCAGGAGUUUGCCAAACAGUAUAAAGCUCGACCAUCUGAUCUCCCAGGGGACUGGGGCACAAUAACUGAAGAUCAGGCACUGGAGAGCAUAAAGCAAAUUUUUAACAGGAAAUAAACAAUUUACUGAGGGUAUGUUUACAUGGGGGUGCAUGACACAGUGCUUGAGAUCCAUAUCACCAGGACAGAGCACAAACUCCAAUUGAAUUAAAAAUGGGAAAAAAUGGGAAAAACCUCUCAAAUAGAUACAGACUGUAAUAUAGUAAUUGGUUCUCUGCUAGAGCAACUUCCCAAUGGAAAAGCUAGUACAAGGAACUCCUUAACUCUGAGUUCACACUUACCUACAGAUAUAUAUUAUUUAUAAAUCUGCAUACCUGUCUUCCUUUCCAAUGACUACACUACUUCUUAGGCCUCAACUGGAGUAUUGUGUCAAGUUCUGGGUGCCACAUUUCAGGAAAGAUAUGGACAA